UAAUCUGCUUUUUUCCCUAAUUCCAUAUACAUCUGAUUAUCUCCCAGUUUUCAAAGAAUAGUUUUUCCAAUCAACUCUAACAAGGAUUGCUGGAAUGCUAUUUAUUCAAGGAUGGUUGAUCCAAUCGUUGAAGAACAACUACUACAUUCAGGUGAAAUAAAUGAUAAAACUCAAUAUAUUGUCGACAUAGACGAAUAUCUUUCACAUGACGAAAACGAAACCGAGUCGUCGAACAAUGUUGUUGAUCAAUUUUCCGAGUGCUAUGUAAUGGGAAAAGAAUUUGAUGACCCGGAUAUAGCGUAUAAUUUUUAUAAUGAGUAUGGUCUUUCUAAAGGUUUUGGUAUCCGAAAACAUUACCACAAUAAGCACUCGGGCACAAAAGAAAUAUACCGACAUGUAUUUGUGUGUAACAAAGAGGGUUUUAAAUGUAUAAGGAGAACAACAGGUAAUGUGAAACAACGUCGUGUUAAACGUACUGGGUGUAAGGCGAUGAUACAAGUGACGUUGUCAAAGGAAGGAAAGUGGGUCGUGGACAAGUUUCUGGAUGAACAUAAUCAUCCUUUGGAUGAUCCGUUAAAAGUACCAAGACAUUGGUCUCAUAAGGUUUUUCGACGGUCCAAAGAAUGUAAGGAACUUGUGAAAGCGAUGUCUCAAGAAGGUAUCGGACCUAAUGCAAUUACUAAAAUAGUGAAUGCAUAUAAAGGUAGUCAGGAGGACAAAAUAAUCCGAUAUGAGCGUACCGAUACUGUUAGUGAAGAAAGGAAAUUUAACUUAGGUAAAGAGUGUCAUGAAAUCAUUAUGCAUUUUCAAGAGAAAGCUAAGGUAGAUAAAGAUUUUUACUUUUCAAUAGACUUGAACACCGAUGGGACAAUUAAAAGUGUGUUUUGGGCUGAUGGCAGAUCAAGAUCAUCUUAUAAUCAGUUUGGUGAUGUUGUUGUUUUUGACGUAACUUACAAAGCGAAUGCAUGUAGCUUGCCAUUUGCUUCGUUUGUUGGGGUUAACCACCAUGGCCAAUCUAUUUUGUUUGGAGCAGCAUUGAUAGAACACGAGACCGAGGUGACAUGUACAUGGUUGUUUAAAAAUUUUCUGGAAUGCAUGUAUGAUUGUCCACCUAUGUCUAUCAUUACUGAUGAAGAUGUGGCUAAGUGUAAAGCAAUUCAAAAGGUGUUUCCUAACACAAGGCAUCGAUUUUGUGCUUGCCAUAUUAGAAAGCAUGCUUUAGAGCAACUUCAACCAUUACGAUCUCGAUUUGUUGAUUUUCAAGAUACAUACAAUAACUGGCUAAAAUGCCAAAAUAUUAGUGUUUUUGAAGCAGGCUGGGUAGUUUUGAAAGAGAAAUAUGACAUAGAUGAUGAUACUUGGUUAGGAAAGAUGUAUAAGUUACGUCAUUAUUGGGUAAAAGCAUAUCUGAAAGACACAUUUUUUGCUGGAAUGACAACUAGUGGGCGUAGUGAAAGCAUUCAUUCAUUUUUUGGUGAUUAUGUGAACUCUGAAACCAUGUUAAAUGAUUUUGUAUUGCAAUAUGACAAGGCUGUGAGUUCGCGAAGAAGGGCAGAAGAAGACGAAGACUUUAGAACUUUAAACUCACAACCCACGUUGCAUAGCGAUCAUCCAAUUGAAGUAAUGGCGGCAAAAUGUUAUACUCGAAAUAUUUAUGAGAUCUUUAAAAAAGAAUGGAAGGCUAGUGUUAAUUGUGGUCAUGAAAAAAUAAGCAAAGAUGCCGAGGUGGUCAAAUAUGGAGUUGGUUAUCUGGCAGGUAAUAAAGAAGGUUGGAAAACGGUUGAAUAUAACGUUACUUCACCUUUUUUUGCUUUUUGUUCGUGUGCAAGAUUUGAGACUUCUGGAAUUUUGUGCAAACAUAUUCUUUAUAUUAUGAGGAGAAAGUUGUUAAUGUCCAUUCCUGAUCACUACAUAUCACCAAGAUGGACUAUGAAAGCAACUUACAAUGUCGGAAGUAUUGGAAAGAGAAGGAAGGGUGUUAACUGUGAUGCUAGUGAUGAAGUUAGUUUUGUGACUUUAUGGUCUAUUAGAGCAAAGUUUAGCAAAGUAAUCGAUGAAGGUCGAGAUUCCUUGUCUGAAAUUGAAAAGCUUAAUGCAUUCUUUGAUGGUUUUCUUGAAGAGCAAUACAGAAGAAAGAAUAAUCAAGCUGAGUUGAUUUCUGAAAGUAAUUCGACAUUACGAAUUGCCAAACAAUUUGACAUGUCACAACACAUACUUGUUUCAGAUCCUAUAAAUCGUGUGAAUACAAAAGGGUGUCUGAACACAAAACAAAAAUCCAGCAUAGAAUUGUCUAUGGAUGAGAAGAAAAAUAAAAGAUGUGGCUAUUGUAGAGAGGAGGGCCAUGACACUACCGGGUGUCAACAUGGAAAGAUGGAUGAAUUACAAGGUGGUAAUACCACUGUGGCACUGUUAAGAGUCAAGUUCUUGGAGACCAGUAGAAAAUGUUGCGUGAGAUACACUACAAAAAUAACUGUGCCAAUACUUUUGGAUAUAUCAUCCAAUGAAGAUAAUAAACCUUCUGCAUCCAAUGGAAUCAAAGAUCUUGCUGGUGGCAAGCGGUCAAAAACCGACACUGCAGUUAUCGUUCCUGACAAAAAAGUUGUAGUAACUGAAGAAUUAAUGAUGAGUAGUGCAAAAAUGUACCAAGAAUACAUGAAGCAAAUCCCGAUUCCAACUCAACGUGGUUCGGUCAUAACAUUCACCUCAUGGAGUGGUUUAGCCAAAUCAAUGAAACAAAUGUACCAGCAGCCACUCCAUUACCUGACUAACCUUCAUGUAAAACAGUGGGAUCAGACGAGAAGUGAUGCUGACAACAACUUAGAACCAUUAGACUCCAUAAUCCAUCCAUGUAAAGCGGAAACUAAUAUCUGGCUCAUGGAAGAAGUUCACAGGCUCACAUCCUCUCAUCAGUUUCUUGCUAAACUAUGGUUAGCCGAUCCCAUGUACAAAACUUUUAUUGAUUCGGUUUCCCCCCAGUUAAGAAUUCUAUUGAUGUAAUCUCCCCUUACUAAUCGACUUUGGUAGCUUAGUUUGCAGUAUUAGAACUCGAAUUAAUUAGGAGGAUAUAUCAUUUUCCUUGAAAAAAUCAUUUUGCUAGUUUA